GCCUCCGGACCGACCGAACGCCAAACCCAUGAUCCCGCAAUCCCGAUGGAUGCUCUUCCCCCCGCCGCUCGCCGCCCUUGUGAAUGUAUGUACGCAAAAAGGGCGAACGCAAGCAAGGUAGGGUAGGGCAAAGGCGUCGUACGAUGAUUUUCCUGCGUAAAGCAAAAGCCGCAGGCAGUCGGUCCCAGGGAGGCGGGCGUACCGGCACCGCACAUGGCUCCGAAAGCAUAUUAAUCAGCUGCCCGGCCGUGCUAUGCCAUGUUCCUUUAAUUUCGUUGCGAAAAGUCUAUGUGGUGUCAGGGAAACUGGUGGACGGAGUGAUGGUCUGGCAGAGAGACGGGUAGAAAGACGGGUAGAGAGAGACUGGGAAGGGAAAAGAAAAGAAAAAAACUCUCUUUGGUGGAAAUGGCUUCUGGCACACUUGAUGCGGAAAGAAGGAUUCAAUACGGU